GGAGGCAGGAAGUCAGGGUAGGACGUGGGCGCGGGGAGACAGGCGGUGACUACGACGGCGAGGGAAGCUAACACCGUGUCUGGGCAACCAGGCUGGGCCAGGAGGACCAUGUGAAUAGGGCCAGAGGGCUCCUGGGCUGGGCAGCCACAGACAUUACCGAUCAAGAAGUUGAUGACAGGGCUUACGGCCUUCUGUGAAAAUGGAGUGACUAUCCUGAGGGACACCCACUUCUGUCAAAGAGGGCAGAAAUGAACAGGGCACCACCCUGCUCCCAGCACUAGCCCAGAGCCUGACACAUAGAAGGUACCAUGGGCUGUAGCUGCAGCUCAAAUCCUGAAGAUGACUGGAUGGAAAACAUCGAUGUGUGUGAGAACUGCCAUUACCCCAUAGUCCCACUGGAUGGCAAAGCCAUGCUGCCCAUACGAAAUGGCUCCGAGGUGCGAGACCCACUGGUCACCUACGAGGGUUCCCUCCCGCCGGCCUCACCACUGCAAGGUAACUCCAACCAGCAGGGCCUGGAAGAUGAGGCCUGUGGAUCCUUGGCUGUCUGCCUCCAUCUCCUCCGCACCCUCUACCCUGUUCUGCCUCUCCUGCCCCAAGUCCUGUCUCUGGCCCGAUAACUCCCGACCUCCAUGCUCCCAGCCUACCCUAGGCCGGUUCUCCCUAACGCCCCCUAUCUUUACAGACAACCUGGUUAUCGCCCUGCACAGCUACGAGCCCUCUCACGACGGAGACCUGGGCUUCCAGAAGGGCGAACAGCUCCGCAUCUUGGAGCAGAACGGCGAGUGGUGGAAGGCUCAGUCCCUGACCACGGGCCAGGAAGGCUUCAUCCCCUUCAACUUCGUGGCCAAAGCAAACAGCCUGGAGCCGGAACCCUGGUUCUUCAAGAACCUGAGCCGCAAGGACGCGGAACGGCAGCUUCUGGCGCCGGGCAACACGCACGGCUCCUUCCUGAUCCGGGAGAGCGAGAGCACCGCGGGAUCGUUUUCACUGUCGGUCCGGGACUUCGACCAGAACCAGGGAGAGGUGGUGAAACAUUACAAGAUCCGUAACCUGGACAACGGCGGCUUCUACAUCUCCCCCCGCAUCACUUUCCCCGGCUUGCAUGAACUGGUUCGCCAUUACACCAAUGCUCCGGACGGGUUGUGCACGCGGUUGAGCCGCCCCUGCCAGACCCAGAAACCCCAGAAGCCGUGGUGGGAGGACGAGUGGGAGGUUCCCAGGGAGACGCUGAAGCUGGUGGAGCGUCUGGGGGCUGGCCAGUUCGGGGAGGUGUGGAUGGGGUACUACAACGGGCACACGAAAGUGGCGGUGAAGAGCCUGAAGCAGGGCAGCAUGUCUCCCGACGCCUUUCUGGCCGAGGCCAAUCUCAUGAAGCAGCUGCAACACCAGCGGCUGGUCCGGCUGUAUGCCGUGGUCACCCAGGAGCCCAUCUACAUCAUCACGGAAUACAUGGAGAACGGGAGCCUGGUGGAUUUCCUCAAGACCCCCCCAGGCAUCAAGCUGACCGUUAACAAACUCUUAGACAUGGCAGCCCAGAUUGCCGAGGGCAUGGCAUUCAUUGAGGAGCGGAAUUAUAUCCACCGUGACCUGCGAGCCGCCAACAUCCUGGUGUCUGACACCCUAAGCUGUAAGAUUGCAGACUUUGGCCUAGCACGCCUCAUUGAGGACAACGAGUAUACAGCCAGGGAGGGGGCCAAGUUUCCCAUUAAGUGGACAGCACCAGAAGCCAUUAACUAUGGGACGUUCACCAUCAAAUCAGAUGUGUGGUCUUUCGGGAUCCUGCUAACAGAGAUCGUCACCCACGGCCGUAUCCCCUACCCAGGGAUGACCAAUCCCGAGGUGAUUCAGAACCUGGAGCGAGGCUACCGCAUGGUGCGACCUGACAACUGUCCUGAGGAGCUGUAUGACCUCAUGAUGCUGUGCUGGAAGGAGCGCCCAGAGGAUCGACCUACCUUUGACUACCUGCGCAGUGUGCUGGAGGACUUCUUCACAGCCACAGAGGGCCAGUACCAGCCCCAACCUUGAAGGGCCUAGUGGCCCUGGGGCCUGGAGGCCUCCCCGCAUCUAGCGACCUGCAUCUCUCAGCCUGACUUGGGGAGAUACAGUUCUAGUGCUCUAUCCAUGUGGCCUGUGCACAUAAGGACUCUGCAUGUGAAUCCCGUCCACAUGUAACACAUACAUAUCUUGUGUUUUGUACACGUGUCCUGUACUUGUGUGGGCUUGUCAUGUGUCUUGUACGUGUACGGCCUGUGUGUGUAUGUUUUGGACACCUGUCCAAGGUGUUCCUUUCUGGGCUCUCCUACUUUCUAGGACCACAAGAGAGAGGACAGAAGCCUGUGACUGACACCAGCUUCUGGCCCCACUCCCUUUCCUUUCCCCUGGUGAUCAAGAACUCCUAGAGGGCUGGGACUUUGUCUGAUACCUCUGUGUGUUCCUCCUUGGUGCCUGGCACACAUCAGGAGCUCAAUAAAUGUCUGUUUGUUGAACGUUGUACAUCUCUCUGCUCCCCAUUCCCAUCUCCUCAUCCUUGGGGUGGGGAGUAGGGGUUCAGAAGAUGGAAACUGGGUCACCCUGAGUUGAUGACACCCUGAGGGAAUGUCUGAACUUUUUUCCAGCCCUGGUGAUGCUGAGGGCCGAGAAGAGAUCCCUACAAUCUGCUGUAUGGGCUCUGCCAACUCCUUCAAAUGGGACAGCACACCUCACCUCUACCCCAAAGGAUUUAGUUCAACUCCCACCUAGAAUUUCCUCCAGAGUGGGUGCGUCAUAGGAUCUUCUCCAUCCCAUUAUAUAAGGGCAAUUGUGUUUUUUUACAGCUAGUAAUUCAAGGGCUGUGUCUGGCCUUAGAUAUGUUUUCAUUCACCUUCAGGAUAUUUUUAAAAAUUGAAUUAGUUCAUUCAUUUAACAAAUAUUUAUUGAAACUCUACUGUGCUAGGCUCAUAGGAUAUAUAGUUGAUAACACCCACACAAAUUUCUGUCUUUGUGAGCUUACAUUCUAGUAAGGGAAGACAGACAAUAAACAAUAAACAUCAUAAAGAAGUAAAUUAUAUUGUAUGCUACAAGGUACUGGGGAAAAAAGAGCAGAGUAAAGGAGAUUAGGAAUGCCAUGUUUCGGGGAGGUUUGCCAUUUUAAAGAAGGUGGUCAGGGAAGGCCUCACUGAGAAGAUGACAUUUGAGCAAAGAUUUGAAGGAAAUGAGUGAGCCACAUAGAAUGGGAAGGAGCAUCUGCCAGAGGGAAUAGCCUGAGGCAGGCACUUGCCUGGCAUGUUCACAGAGGUAAUGGCGGCCAGAGAGAGAGAAUUAGAUUCUAGGAGCUGGGUCUUGUGGCUUUUGCAGGAGCCAUUUUGCGUAGUUUUUGCAAGGAUUUGUGCAGAGCUGUAAUAUGAUCUGACUCACAUUUUAAAAAGCAGCCCUGGUGGUACAACAGUAAAGAGUGGGGCUGCUAAUGGAAAGGUUGCUGGUUCCAACCCACUCAGCCAUUCUGUGGGAGAAAGACCUGGUGACCUGCUUCCCUUAAGAUUACAGCCUAGAAAACCCUAUGGGGCAGUUCUUCUCUGUCACAUGGGGUCGCUAUGAGUCGGAAUGGACUCAAAAGGCGAUAACACAUUUUAAAAGGAUGGCUCUUACUGCUGUAUUGGGAAUUGACUGCAUUAGCAGCCAAUUUAUAAAACUGGGGAGAUUUUUCAUAAAACUCCAGAUUUCUGCUUUCUUUCGAAACAUAGGAAGAGUUGACCACUUUGGGCCUCCCUACCCUCAUGGAGCUGAGUAGUGACUACCCCCUUUAAGUGGGGUAUGAGCUCUCCCUCCCUAUUGCUCUGAGACAAUGAAAUUGAGUGUUAAUAAGUGUUUAUCACCAUGCUCCAAGUUAUUAUUCUUAUAAUAAAAAGGAAAAUGAAUUUUUUUUGUAUCCAUAUCUCCAUUAAAAAGUGAGAAGAUUAAAGACACCCCAAGAUGGCAGUGUGUUUAAAGAAAGGUGGGAGAAAGGCAUAUUUCUUUAUGAAAAUGAAAAAUAGUCCAAUUUUUAAAUAUGCAAAUAAAGAGCAUCUCAGUAAAAAAAAAAUACAUAGAUCCACUCAUUUA